AUGACACGCUGUGUGGUUCUCGCCGGCACACCGGUUGAGCAAUGCGUCGCGAACAACGAAGCGCGUGUUCAUCGCCAGGAAGAACACGGCGACAAAACAGAGACGAAUGAGUCGACAGCGACAACCAUCCCCACAGAAACCACGGAACACUACCCUCCCGAAAUCCUCCAGAACCUAAUCUUCCAAUAUCAAGGACCCAGCACGCACAGCCGCUGGGACAAGCUUCUAUUCAUCGUCUCCUGGGCCGACGCAGAGCCUCCCGUUGCCGACAUCUGGAGCGCUCUCACCGAUAUCCCUUAUAUCCCUUAUCCAUCUGUUUCCGAAACAGACAAUAAGCCCUCGACCCUGGCGUCCUCAUCCGCAGCAACACACAUCCCCUCCACCACCUCCUCCACCGCAGCCGGUAGCAAGGCCGGAUCCCUCACUACAUCAACGUGGACGAUAACCCCACGCGUGAAAAUUCAACCGCACCAAGCAACCAAUAUCAACAUCCUCAUCCGCCCUUUACGACAUGGAUAA